UGAACUGAAGCUUACCGGGAAAGGUAUCGAUUUUUCAAAAUGGAAGUGUGACGGUACCAUAUGGGUAGGCCAGUCAACAUAGGUAGGCCUGAAAGUAUGCAUUUGGUCUUGUGUUGUGUUUUGGUUUAUGUUUCCGUUUUGCCGCAUACUUUAGUCGGAGCUGAACAUCUAGACUAUCCAGAAUAUCAAGAGGCAGCUAUUAUCCAGCGUAUCCAGCGAGUUCUGAGCAAAUGGCGGCAAUACCAACUACGCAGAGAGGCGUCUGAGCCGGAGGUGGUUCCCGCACCACUUCCAGAGUUUACAUAUCGUUUCCCGGAAGAUGGCGGCCGCAGUUACCAAAACGAUUUAUUUGCAGUUCCCCCUUCUAACCCUAGGUUCUAUGAUCCUGAUCCAGACUUGCUUGCAAAAGAAACUAAAAGGCUAGAAAGUGAGGCGCCGCCAACUCAAGAGGAAGAUGAAGCUAAGAACCCUACAACGGAGCCGGAAGAAGUAACUACCGGCUGGGAGGAGGAUGAAGCUACCUUAGAAAGCAGCGAGCCUAGAGAUGACGAAGUUUCAUAUGUUUUUAAGAAGUUUUUGGCCAAGGGGGAUCAGGAUGUCGUACUUGUUGCUAUCAUCGCGGGCUGUGGGGCCGCGGCAGCGGCUGGUGUCAUAGCACUUUCUAUUGGCUGGUACAAAUUGCACUCAAACUCCAAGGCUGCCGCAGACAUUGAGUAUCCUGCGUAUGGAGUGACUGGUCCCAACAAGGAGAUUACACCUACAGGAGACCGCAGACUAGCGCAGUCUGCGCAGAUGUAUCACUAUCAGCACCAGAAACAACAGAUCAUUGCUAUGGAAAGUAACCGCGCCAACAACGAGCGAAGGGGGUCUGUGUCGGAGGGUGACAGUGAAGAGGAGAAUGAAGAAGGAGAUUACACCGUUUACGAGUGUCCGGGAUUGGCUGCUACUGGAGAGCUGGAAGUGAAGAACCCUCUGUUUUUAGACGACCCGACUCCCGCAGCCGUUGUUACCGACGAGCUGCAAUCCCCUUCUGCUGAUAAAAAACAAUAAAUUAUUUCUCUGGUUUAACCCCUAAAUGAGAAUCUCACCUACUCCCUUUAUAUACCAACCCCUGUAUUAGCAAGGUGUCUAAAUCGGUCCGUCUCUAUAAAUCGAUAUAUAGCGCUAUAGAAAUGUGGUGUAAAUUACAUAUAUGUCAAAUAUCAAAUACAAAUAUUUAUACACAUAGAUAUAAUUAGGGAGAGCUGGCUGGCUUCUUGACCUUUGUUGAAAAAUUGUAGUUCUAGUAUAUGAAUUUUAUUUAUUGUUAGGUAAUAUGAUAUAUUUUUAUACAGAGCUCUUCCAUUAUCGUUCCACGGCAAAGCCGCUAGCAAUCUUGAUGAGUUUUAUUUUUCUACAGUUCUGCUCGGUCGAGUAUGAAGGUCCUAAGGAAGAUACAUCGAGUUGAUUUCGGUAAAAACACUUGCACAGUCGGAUAACGCUGCACCAAAAAUAUUUUCACAGUUUUGUUAAUACUCAUAUAAUUUAAUGUUUGGAACGUUUAUAUUUUUAUAAGUACCUCGAUCACGCAUAGAUACUUACUGUGUACCUUAUCUAUAAGACACCCAACAAUCCAUUACAUAUUAUAGCUCUCUGCUUUCAAGUACAAUAUUAUUCUUGUUUCUACAUUGGGUCACCUUCCUUUUUCGGUUAGCUGGAAAGUAACUGUCGAUAAAAAUUUACCUACUUUCUUUAUCUAUUCACGGGUUU